AUGAAGUUGCUUGAGCUAACCGCAGACAACAUCAAUGCCGUGUCGAUUGAGAUGACAAGGAACAAAGAAAUGCUAAAAGAAAACGUAAAUCAUCUGAUAGGAUUUAUGCUACAGAACUUUCCAGAAAAGAACGAGCUUCUAAGCAAGAUCAAAGUGCUGAACAUGUAUCGCAAGCCAUCCAAGCAGAUCGACACCGAGCUGGAUGUGAUGGAACAAAUCGCAUUGAAUGUGUUUGCAGCGAAAGGCAUCGACAAGGAGACAUUUGAUGCAAGCAUGGCUGAGCUGUUUAAAGACUCAAGCACGUUUUCAAGAGCGUUUGUGAUAUACUUUUUCAAAAACUGGAGUGCUAAGCCAGAAAGAAUUGACCAGGCCAUGAAUGCUCUUUCAAAUCUUAUACUUUCAGAAGCAGGACUUAGAAGCAGGUUCGAUGAGUUUAUGUCUGAGUUUGAAUAUGCUGACGAGAAUGUGGAGUGCGAAUACGAAGAGUCAGUUGAAGACAGUAAUGUGGGCGAAAGUCAUAGUGAUUCUAAUGGCCAGGCGAAUGCCGAAGAUUUCAGAGGUGAUGAGUGCACGAAUGCUUUUGAUAGUGAAGACAGUGAAGAAAUCAAUAAGGUAAAUGAGCAUCUGUCUGCGAUUUUCAAAAACAAAAAGAGGAAGAUAUCAUCAAAAUCAUUAGUAACGUGUGUCAAGAUUCUUGAUGCAAUCGAAGUAAUCAUUCAAAAUAACUUAUCUUGUCAGUACGAUAUUGUUCCUGUUCUUAUGUUCCUUUCUUGCCACUGCCAUAACAAUUUGGUACUGAAGAGGUCGAUGAAAAUCAUGAAGAUAGUAUUCAAAUGCAAGGAAUACGCAGACAGGACUCGCUUAUUUGAAAUGUUCUGCUGCUUGUUGCAGGAAAACGCAGAUAUGGUAAGAAUGGGAAUGCUGAUUAUUGAUGUAUGCAAGGACACAUUUGACUGGAUCGUGUUUUUCAGGUGCACUGAGGCAAACGAAAAGAUAGAUCUUGACUUAAUGGACAGGAAGUACUUCUCUCCUGCUUGCUUCUAUGAAUUCUUGAUUUUCACAGAGUUUCCAGAAAGGUACUUGAAGCUUGCUAAACUCAUCAUCAAGAAUGAAACAGACAUCGGAAUGCUCAAGGCUCUCAAAUGCUCAGUAAGAAGCAACCUUGCUCCGCAGUAUCAUCUGCCGCUCAUACAAGCCAUCACGUUCCGGAUGAAUUGCCUUGUUUCAAACAGCAAUAGCAUAGACAUGCAAGCUCCAGAAAAGCGAGUCGAAGCUGCAGACAAUAAUACUAAUUGA